CCGGGUGGGCCGAGCGCGGGGCUCGCCGGGACGCCCGCCCGCCUCGGACCCCCUCUCCUCCUACUGCUUCAGCCAUGGCCUCGCUCCUCUGCCUCAGCCUCCUCGCCGCCGCGGCCGCCACGUCGCCGGGCCGGCUGGUGCCGUACGACCUGCUGUACGCGGACGGGGUGCGCGCCUACCUGGCGCGGGACUGGGCGCGGGCGGCCGAGCUGCUGCAGCGCGCCCUGCACAGCUACGCGGGGCUGCGGGCGGCCCGCCGCGCCUGCCGCGCCGCCUGCGCCCGGGAGGAGCCCUUCCCCGCCGGGCCGGGGCGCUGGGAGGCCGCGCUGCUCGGCCCGGUGCUGCAGCGAGCCGGCUGCCUGCAGCGCUGCCUGGGGCGGCGGCUGCUCCCCGCGCCCUCCGCCCACCGCGCCAGCCGCGCCGUGCGCCGCGACUUCGAGCGCAGGGAGCCCUACAACUACCUCCAGGUGGCCUUCUUCCAGCUGAAGAAGCUGGAUCAGGCCGUGUCUGCCGCUCACACCUUCUUCGUCGCUAAUCCCCAGCAUCUCCAAAUGCGGGAGGACAUCGAGAAGUACCAGCGUAUGUCAGGGGUGAAGUCAAACAGCUUCCGGGACCUGGAGGCCAUGCCACACUGGGAAGCAUAUGAGGCUGGUGUGCAGCACUACGAUGCAGAUGAGUACGUGCUGGCCAUGGCCAAGCUGGAGGAGUCACUCACAGAGGCCCUGUCAGCACUGGAGGACUGUCGUGCCCUGUGUGAAGGGCCUUGGGAGGAUGAGGACGAGGAGAAGGACAUGCAACCUGGGCUGUAUGAAGCCAUUGCAGCCCAUUAUAUUCAGGUUUUGAAGUGCAGGCAGCAGUGUGUCCUUGAAAUUGCCACAAAGCCGGGGCGGAUUUCUGCCACGGAAGACUUCAUACCCUCUCAUCUUGAUUUACUACAGUUUGCCUACAAUCAAGUUGGGAACCAGACGCUAGCUGCUGAAUGUGCUGCUUCCUACUUGCUCUUCUAUCCCACGGAUGAGCCCAUGUUGGAGAAAAUGAAACAAUAUCGCACAGAACUGGGAGAGGACACAGCUGUUACAGCCAGACAGAAUAUUCAACACUAUGUGCAGAGAUCUUUGAUGGAGAAGAAGUUGAUUUAUUAUUCAGUGGAACAUCUAGGAGAAACUUUUAAUGACCCUGAUCUUUGGACUCCAGAUGAGCUUAUUCCUGAAAACCUAAAGGAGAAAUACAGAGAGGAUCAGGAGAAGCAAAAAGAGGAAACUCUGGAUAUGGAAGAGAGGGAGAAGAGGGGCCCUUUGCCUUUUGAGGGUAUCGCUGUCACGAUGGAUUCCCACCAGAUGAAUGGAACCCAGAGGGUUGUGUUUGACAGAGUGCUGACGGAGUCUGAGUGUAAGGACCUUCUCCGACUGACAAAGGCAGCAGGAGAAGCAGGAGAUGGCUACCGGGCAAGACGGUCACCUCACACCCCACAUGAGAGAUUUGAAGGGUUAACUGUUUUGAAGGCCAUGCAGCUGGCCCAAAAUGGGGACGUGGACUGGAGAGACGCGAAAUUGCUUCUGCAGGCUAGUGAGAAAUCUCGGAAAAUCAUAGAGUCCUAUUUUACCCCUGGAAAGAAACUCCAUUUUUCGUUCACACACCUUGUGUGUCGCACGGCAGUAGAUGGUAAAGAAUCUUUCAUCCUGUUAGUCCCUGUCUCCUGGAGAGUCUCCUCAGUUCCAGCCAUGUGCUCUCAGGAGACUGUCUUCUGUUUACUCUCACUGUGCCCCUUUUUCUCUGACUUAUUCUUUCUUGAAACUGAAAACUCCCAUAUUCAUUUUUGUAACUUUUCAGGGCAACAGGAAGGUCGCAUGGAUCUUAGUCAUCCUGUCCAUGCUGAUAAUUGUCUCUUGGAUCCUGAGGGGCAAGAGUGCUGGAAAGAACCACCUGCCUAUGUAUACAGGGACUACAGUGGCAUUCUCUACCUCAAUGAUGACUUCCAAGGUGGGGGCCUUUUCUUCACUGAAGUGGACACUGUGACUGUCACAGCCGAGGUGCAUCCUAAGUGCGGGAGGCUGGUGGCCUUCAGCUCUGGCAAGGAGAACCCCCACGGCGUGUGGGCAGUGAGCCGUGGAAGGCGCUGUGCCAUUGCUCUCUGGUACACACACUCCCGGGAGCACGCGGAGCAGGAACGGGUGAAGGCAGAGGAGCUGAUGGAGCAGAAGGCUGUGGAGCAGGACCAGCUUGAUGGAGAAAAACGUCGGGGGACUGAUCGCAGCAGCAGAUCCUCCUCAGAGCCUCCUGUUCACAACAGUGGAACCAAGCCUGCAAAUCGGAGACAGAAGUCUGGCUCAGACAGCAAGCAGCACCCCAAGGUGCUGCGGGCCAGAGAUGAGUUCUGAGUACGCAGGGCCCUGAGGGCAGGACUGGCACACACCAUGGCCUGGCAGGUCAUGGUAGGACCGGGACCAUCGAGGCCUGGAGCAGUGUAGUAGCAUGCUAGAGCUGUAGUGAUGGGAAGGGAUGCAGCUUUCUUCUCUGUGGUGUUCCAGCAGCUGAAAAAUGGGAGAAGGGCAGAGUGUGGAAGUCAGUGGCACCUGGAACUUUUUUCACUGCCUCACCAGUUUGUGUCACUCAGAAGUAAGAAGAUAAGGUCUUCUCACCCCACUCCUCUCAGUGCCAACUUUUUGGUCAUCCAGGGCUAAAUCUGAAAGGGGGAGGAGGAGCCUGGAGUCUUUCAGGAAGGGCUGUCUCACAUUUAGGAAUUCAAAACUGAAGCCUUUGACUUUCCUAGGCACCUGCAGAUUCCAGAACCUCACCACUGGUCUGAGACAGGGAAGCUGAGGAACUGUGAAUAUAUGGAAUAAAAGCAAAAUGCUGGACACAGA